CUUGGCGGAAAGACGCCGUCUUGUAGUGAAUUUACGAAGGAAAAUGUCUCCGUCCAUGUUCAACUUCAAUGAUGCCAAAGACAAAUUUACGGCUGCAACUAGAGCUGCAUUGGACAGCAAAACAAGCAAGCCCUUGAUAAACGUCUUCAACCAGCUCCCUGGGAAUGAGACAGAGAAGAAAACCACACUUGACCAAGCUCUUCGAGGAGUGCUGGAGGGGGAAAUUGUGAAACAGAAGGCCAGCUGUGAUGACUUCCUGUCUCUCAUUUACCUCAGCAUUGAUGGAGUCACUGAAGGGAUCUGCUCAGCCACAACUCCCUUCCUGCUUCUGGGAGACGUGCUGGACUGUCUUCCCUUGGACCAGUGUGACAAAAUAUUCACCUUCGUCGAGGAAAACGUCUCCACGUGGAAAUCUAACUCCUUCUACUCUGCAGGGAAGAACUACUUGUUAAGGAUGUGUAAUGAUCUCCUCAGGAGGCUGUCCAAGUCCCAGAACACCGUUUUCUGUGGGCGCAUCCAGCUGUUCCUGGCUCGACUCUUCCCCCUGUCGGAGAAAUCAGGGCUGAACCUGCAGAGUCAGUUUAACCUGGACAACAUCACUGUAUUCAACAAAAAUGAACAGGAGAGUACUCUGGGACAGAAGCACACAGAAGAAAAGGAGGAAGGCAUGGAGGUAGAGGAGGGUGAGAUGGGGGAUGAAGAUGAGCCAGCCCCAUGCUCCAUCCCUAUUGACUACAACCUGUACAGAAAGUUCUGGACCCUGCAGGACUACUUCAGGAACCCUGUGCAGUGCUAUGACAAAUUCUCCUGGAUGACCUUCCUUAAGUACUCUGAUGAGACACUGGCGGUGUUCAAGAGCUACAAGCUGGACGACACGCAGGCCUCCAAAAGGAAGCUGGAGGAGCUGAGGACGGCCGGAGGGGAGCACGUGUACUUCGCCAAAUUCCUCACCAGCGAGAAGCUGAUGGACCUGCAGCUGAGUGACAGCAACUUCAGGCGCCACAUCCUUCUGCAGUAUUUAAUCCUGUUCCAGUAUUUGAAAGGCCAGGUCAAGUUCAAAAGCUCCAGUUGUGUCCUGAAUGAUGACCAGAGCUUAUGGAUGGAGGAAACCACUAAACUGGUCUACCAGCUUCUCAGAGAGAUUCCACCUGAUGGGGACAAGUUUGCAACCAUGGUAGAGCACAUCCUGAACACAGAAGAGAACUGGAAUUCGUGGAAAAAUGAGGGAUGCCCAAGUUUUGUGAAAGAGAGGCCAGCCGAUGCCAAACCCACACGCCCCUCCAGGAAGAGGCAAGCCCCAGAGGACUUCCUGGGCAAAGGCCCCGAUAGGAAGAUCUUCAUGGGCAAUGAUGAAUUGACGCGGCUGUGGAAUCUCAACCAUGACAACAUGGAGGCUUGCAAGUCAGACAGCAGGGAGUUUAUGCCUUCCCUGGAGGAGUUUUUCGAAGAGGCCAUUGAGCAGGCUGAUCCAGCCAACAUGGUGGAAGACGAGUACAAGGUUGUGAGGAACUCCAACUACGGCUGGCGAGCACUUCGACUACUAUCCAGGAGGAGUCCCCACUUCUUCCAGCCCACCAACCAGCAGUUCAAGAGCCUGGCAGACUAUCUGGAGAGCAUGGUCAUCAAACUGGCCAAGGAACUACCGAAGGACCUCCCCUCUGAAGAAAUCAAAACGGGAGAGGAUGAUGACGACGACAAUGGUGACAACCUGCUCAAAGAGAGCAAUGACAGCCCAGGUAUCCAGAACAAGCUGGUGUCCAACCAGCAGAUGGACGAGAUCGCGGCCAAGCUGGGCGCCCAGUGGAAGACCCUGGCGGGGCAGCUGGAGAUGAAGGCGGUGGAGGUGCGGGAGAUCGAGACGGACAGCGAGGACGUGGAGAUGCAGGCCAAGCUGCUGCUGGUGGCGUGGCAGGACCGCGAGGGCAGCCAGGCCACCGUGGAGAACCUGGUCACCGCCCUGAACGCCGCCGGAUUCCCCAAGAUAGCCGAGAGCCUCAGCGAGACAUAGGCCCCGCCCCCUUCCCCCGGCUCCAGGUCCUUUUUAA